CCCGCCUCUCACUUCCGGUCUCCUUAGGUUCCGCUGCGGCCGGCUUUUUCGUCCGCUGUAGCUGGUUCCGCCGCGCUCCAGGUGUUUUGUCUGGCAGGAAGCCGCUGCUUCAUAUGCUUGAAGAAUGUCACUCCCCAUCAUUGUGAAAUGGGGUGGGCAGGAAUACUCGGUGACCACGCUCUCAGAGGAUGACACCGUGCUGGAUCUCAAGCAGUUCCUCAAGACCCUUACAGGAGUGCUCCCAGAGCGCCAGAAAUUACUAGGGCUCAAAGUAAAAGGCAAACCUGCAGAAAAUGAUGUUAAGCUUGGAGCUCUCAAACUGAAACCAAAUACUAAAAUCAUGAUGAUGGGAACUCGUGAGGAGAGCUUGGAAGAUGUCUUAUGUCCUCCCCCUGACAAUGAUGAUGUCAUCAAUGAUUUUGACAUUGAAGAUGAAGUAGUUGAAGUAGAAAAUAGGGAAGAAAACCUAUUGAAGAUCUCUCGCAGAGUCAAGGAGUACAAAGUGGAAGUGCUGAACCCUCCCAGGGAAGGGAAGAAGCUUCUGGUGCUGGAUGUUGAUUAUACGCUAUUUGAUCAUAGGUCUUGUGCAGAGACUGGGGUAGAGUUAAUGAGGCCAUAUCUUCAUGAAUUUCUAACAUCUGCAUAUGAAGAUUAUGACAUUGUUAUUUGGUCUGCAACAAAUAUGAAGUGGAUUGAAGCUAAAAUGAAAGAGCUGGGAGUGAGCACUAAUGCCAACUAUAAGAUUACCUUCAUGCUAGACAGUGCCGCCAUGAUAACUGUGCACACGCCACGGAGGGGGCUCAUUGACGUGAAGCCUCUUGGUGUCAUUUGGGGAAAGUUUUCUGAAUUCUACAGCAAAAAAAACACCAUUAUGUUUGAUGACAUAGGAAGAAAUUUUCUAAUGAACCCACAAAAUGGACUGAAGAUAAGGCCUUUCAUGAAAGCUCAUCUAAAUCGUGAUAAAGACAAGGAACUGGUGAAGCUCACUCAGUACCUCAAGGAGAUAGCCAAGCUUGAUGACUUCCUGGAGCUGAAUCACAAGUACUGGGAACGGUAUCUAUCUAAGAAGCAAGGACAGUAGUUACCAGUUACACUCACAGUUGAAGGUCCUUGAGGUCCAUGGACCUUUUUUUCUUUGCUAGGCAUUACCAUGUUUGUGCUGGACACUGAAGCAGAUGCCAGGCUGCCUAGCUGUGGUCUUCCAAUGCUUUGUAAAUUUAAUUUUGUAUUUUUUUGAAGAUCAUAACAAAGUGCUAAAAAACAAAACAAAAAGUUCUCUUCCCUCUGUGUUAAUUUACUCCUGAAGAAAUGUUUUUGGGCAUUAAUUAUUGAGGUGUUUCCCAAACCCUCUAAACAUGCAAAAAAGAAAGGAAAAUGAAAAGUGGAGAAAAAUAUACCUACCAGUGUCAUCCUGUGACUUUGGAAAUGAGUUUUGUCUUAUGCUUUUAUGCUUUUGUCUCCUUGUAUAAUCCGCUGCCUGAGUCUGAGACCAAAUCUAUCUUCAACUAGCUAGUGUUCUCCCCCUUAAAACCAAAAGCAAAACCAAAAAUCCCAGACCAGCUUUUAAGUAAUGACCUGGUUUGUUAUGCUGAAAACUCCCAAGAGUUGUCUCCUUGUCAGAGUUUCUCUACUGCAGUCUUCCAGGAAGAUCUUGAAGCUGGAGUUGUCAGUGUUCUUUAAGAAUGAAGGACAUCUGUGUGAUAUGGCUGUGCCCUAGAUGACAGGGUAACAAGCAGACUGAAGUAACACUGCAGGACAAGAAUAUGUUUCUUUUUGGUGGCUAAGUAGAAGAAGCCCUUCUGCCUACACUGUAGUCCUGAGCACAGCUUACCACAGUAGUAAAAAGGCACCGUCACCAACUCCACUCUCAGAAGCAUGGAUAGCAUUUCUGCCUACUCCACCUAGUGUCAUUGUAACUGCUACCACCAAACAUCUAGCCAUGAGAGUAAAAAGACCUGUUACUUGCAAUGCUUAAGCCUUGUGCAAAUAUGUAAUGUGACUAUUGUUUUAUGUUGACAGUAUUGCUUUAUACAGUUCUUGCAUUGAAGGGAAUUGCUCCUUUUAAAUGAACAUGGUGUACAUUGUUCUUAUGGGACUAUUUCAGUGGUGUAAAUAAUAAAUAUCUUUUCUUAAAACA